AUGUCGGCAACACGCAAAGGCCGGUCUGGCCGGUUUGCCGAAUUUGAAGAGAAGAUCGCAAAGGAUUUUGACAUCGAGAACGAGGCGCCCGAUGAGGACGAACAGAGUGGGAGCGAAGAGUCGGCCGAUGAAAACGCCGGAACAGAACAUUAUGUUGCUGUUGGGAAGAGCAAGCUCCGACAGAAAGACGCUAUCGCACUGGGUCCUGAAUACCGCGGCUCGCGUGUCAGCAGAGAAGCGCUAGAAGAAAGCAGCGAAGAUGACGAGGAAGGCGAUGAGGAGGACGAAGAAUUCGACGACCCAGAAACAGCAGAUCUCGAAGCCGAUUACAUUGACGACGACGCCGAGAUCAGUAGUGAUAACGCGCUUUGCGAGAGCGACGAAGAACACCUCAAGGAUUUUGUCUUCCGCGGCAGCUCAAAGCCGAAGGCCCCGAAUGGGCGGAUCAAAAAGAGGCCGACCGCCGCAGACUUUAUGUCUUCGUCGGGAGACGAGGAUGAUGAAGAGGAGGACCUCGAUGGUGGAGAUGAACUAGAAGCGUCCGAAGAAGGCUCAGAGCUUGAUGGAGACGGCGCCCGCCUCUUUGAUCUAGAGGCUGAGUUGUCUGGCGAGGACGACGAGGAAGAAGAUGAGGAUGAUGAGGAUGAUGAGAACGAGGUUGACGAGGACGAGGAUGAGGACGACGAGGAUGAUGAGGAUAAUGAAGAAGAAGAAGAAGGAAAGGAGAGUGAUGGUGGGGAUGAAGAUGAAGAGGAGGAAGACGCAGGAUCCGACGGCGGUGAACGUGCUCAACUACGGAAGAUGGCGACCGAGGGGCAGAAGAGCAUCGUAGCAGCCAUGUCACAGGCUGCCAAAGCAGACGCGGAAAAGGGCGUAGCAGUGCGCGCCCAGCGCCGCGCGUUCGACUCCAUCCUGAAUCUCCGCAUCCGACUCCAGAAGGCACUCGUGGCAGCAAACUCUUUUGGUGUCAUUGAAAACAACCACGAGAACGGCACGGAGGCAUACCACGCAGCUGAGGAGGCGGCCGUCAAGCUAUGGAACACGAUUGACAGCGUCCGGCACACCUUCAUGCCCGAGAGCAGUAGGGCCAAGGUCGGGGACAAGAGGAAGCGCGGGAUCGACGUGGACACCCCGAGCCAGGCUAUCUGGGAAAGCAUGCAAAUGGUGGAAGAGGCCAGCCAUUCCCACCGACGGAAAGUCCUCGACAAGUGGUCGGAGAGAGUAAAGAAAAGCAACGCCGCGCUCUCCACCAGAAAGCUCGUCAAGUCGGAAAGCCAAACGCUCGUCUCGGCGCUGGACGAACAGCUCCUAAGCUCGGAGCGGCUUGUCAAGCGCGCGCGGACACCCCGCUCCUGCGCGCCGGCGCAGGCAGCCAAGAAGGUGGAAGAAGAUGCGCAAAUUUAUGACGACGCCGACUUCUAUCAGCUCCUACUCAAGGAGCUUGUCGACCAGCGGAGCACAGACACGGGGGCGCCGGGCGAGUCGGUCGCGACGGUUCGGUGGGCGGCGCUCAAGGAGACUAAGACGCGGAAAAACGUCGACAGGCGAGCCAGCAAGGGGCGCAAGCUGCGGUAUACGGUUCACGAGAAGCUGCAAAACUUUAUGGCGCCCGAGGACAGGCGGCAGUGGGAAGAGCAUGCGAUCGACAGGUUAUUUGGGACGCUGUUUGGGCAGAAGAUGGAGUUGAGGGAGGAGGACGAAGUCCCGGACGAAGGAGAUGGGCGGUGUUAA